AUGGCUCAGGCAUAUAGUUGUGGCAAAGAUGGCAGAUGGUCUCUUGAGGGAACCACAGCUCUUGUUACUGGUGGAACCAAAGGAAUCGGGUAUGCUAUUGUGGAGGAAUUGGCAGGGUUUGGGGCGACGGUGCACACAUGCUCUCGCAAUCAAGGUGAUUUGAAUAAGUGCUUGCUUGAGUGGGAGGCGAAGGGCUUUCGAGUCACUGGUUCAGUCUAUGACCUUGUGUCUCGUCCCCAACGAGAGGAACUUAUGAACACCGUUUCUCGUCAAUUUCAUGGCAAACUCAAUAUACUUAUAAAUAACGUGGGGACCAUGCUUGCUAAACCAACCCCAGAGGUGACGGCUCAAGAUUUCGCAUUCAUCAUGACAACCAAUGUUGAAUCCACUUACCAUAUGAGCCAACUCGCUUAUCCUCUUAUGAAAGAAUCAGGAGGAGGAAGUAUUGUUCUCCUUUCUUCCAUUAGUGGAAUGUUGGGAAUAGGUAGCACAUCCAUUUAUGGAGCAAGUAAAGGAGCAGUAAACCAACUUACUAGAAGCUUGGCAUGUGAGUGGGCACGAGACAAUAUCAGGACCAACUGCGUCGCACCUGGGGUGAUAAGAACUCCUUUAACGGAGGAAGUAAGUGCAUUAAUUUGUCUUAAAUGUUGGUAUGCUAUUGUGGAGGAAUUGGCAGGGUUUGGGGCGACGGUGCACACAUGCUCUCGCAAUCAAGGUGAAUUGAAUAAGUGCUUGCUUGAGUGGGAGGCGAAGGGCUUUCGAGUCACUGGUUCAGUCUAUGACCUUGUGUCUCGUCCCCAACGAGAGGAACUUAUGAACACCGUUUCUCGUCAAUUUCAUGGCAAACUCAAUAUACUUAUAAAUAACGUGGGGACCAUGCUUGCUAAACCAACCCCAGAGGUGACGGCUCAAGAUUUCGCAUUCAUCAUGACAACCAAUGUUGAAUCCACUUACCAUAUGAGCCAACUCGCUUAUCCUCUUAUGAAAGAAUCAGGAGGAGGAAGUAUUGUUCUCCUUUCUUCCAUUAGUGGAAUGUUGGGAAUAGGUAGCACAUCCAUUUAUGGAGCAAGUAAAGGAGCAGUAAACCAACUUACUAGAAGCUUGGCAUGUGAGUGGGCACGAGACAAUAUCAGGACCAACUGCGUCGCACCUGGGGUGAUAAGAACUCCUUUAACGGAGGAAGUAAUCAAAAGCAAAGCCAUGGAAACUAUAAAUUUGCGAACACCUUUUGGACGACCUGGGGAGUCGGAAGAGAUAUCAUCUUUGGUAGCAUAUCUCUGCCUACCUGCGGCUUCUUACAUUACUGGACAGAUUAUCUAUGUUGAUGGAGGAAUGACGGUGUAUGGAUUCAAUCCCGGCCCCUUGGAAAUUACAAAUUCACGCAUGCCUCUUGGACGAUAUGCGCAGCCAGAGGAGAUAUCAUCCAUGGUAGCGUUUCUCUGUCUACCUGCAGCCUCUUACAUAACUGGACAAACAAUCUAUGAAGGGAUGUCUGUGUAUGGAAUUGAUCUCUAG